AAGCUUGGACAUCCCAGUGUUGGCCAGCAGCAGCCAUGAACUAUGUGGGGCAGCUGGCAGAGACAGUGUUUGGAACAGUUAAGGAGCUAUACAGGGGCCUGAACCCAGCCACACUGAGCGGCGGCAUUGACGUGCUGGUGGUCAAGCAGGUGGAUGGCUCCUUCCGAUGCUCACCCUUCCAUGUGCGGUUCGGCAAGCUGGGUGUCCUGCGGUCACGGGAGAAGGUGGUGGACAUCGAGAUCAAUGGAGAGCCUGUGGACUUGCACAUGAAGUUGGGGGACAGUGGCGAGGCCUUCUUUGUCCAGGAGCUGGACAGUGAUGAGGAAGACGUGCCUCCUCGACUGUGCACCUCACCCAUCCCGUGGGGAGGCCUGUCAGGCUUUCCCUCAGACUCCCAGCUGGGCACAGCUAGCGAGCCUGAGGGCCUCGUCAUUACGGGACGGAGAAAGAGGCGGCGCAGGAGGAAACCCAGGCGCAGGGAGGAUGCGGCGGACUCCAGUUCUGAAGAGCUAGAGGCAGGUGCCGAGAGUGAGCUGACCUUGCUGGAAAAGCCAAUGCCAGAGUCCCCAAGUGCUCGGAAGGAAGAGGAGCCCUCAUCGCAGCCUAGAGACAUCUACCCCUACUCUGAUGGCGAAUGUACGCCCCAGGCCAACCUCUCAUCUGCUGACCUAAUGUCCCCUAAGAGUGACUCAGAGCUAGAGCUGCGGCCCUUGGAGCCCAGUCCUCUGAGGGCUGAGUCUCAUAUGCAGUGGGCCUGGGGGAGGCUGCCUAAGGUGGCGAAAGCUGAGCAUCCUGAGUUCUCGUUGGUCCUUGAAAGUAUGGCUGAGGCAAUCUGUGCUCUUCCUGGGGAACCCAGCCCUUCCUCUAUGGCUGGCGUGGACACUUUGAGAUCCCCAGCGCUGCAACCAGGAGUCAGGGAAGAUAUGUUUCAUCCUGAUGUGGAGGCACAUUGUGAGGAAACUCCCAUGGAUUCUCCUCUUGCUGCCCCAGAGAGUAAGGAAACCAAGACUCAGCACCCCAGGGGUACAGGACACCCUCCUGCCACAAAAUCAUGGAGCUGGACCACUCCAGAGAGCCACACGCCCUCUGGACGUACAGAAGUCUCCAGAGGAAGAGCUUCCCUGAAGAGAAGCCAGCACCUGGGCCCAAGUGAUAUCUACCUGGAUGAUCUGCCCUCCCUGGACUCUGAGAAUGUGGCCCUCUAUUUCCCCAAGAGUGACUGUGGGAUGGGGGCCAGGAGGUGGAGCGAGCCCAGCAGCCAGAAGCUGCUGGAGAACCCCAACCGUGAGCACACAGCAGAGUGCACUCUGGACUCCGUGGACAGAAUAGAAUUGUCCCUCUGUGGUGGACUGGCCGACACUCGCGAUAUCUCCCUGGAGAAGUUCACCCAGCACAUGGUCUCCUACGAGGACCUCACGAAGAAUCCCGGGCUCCUGGAUGACCCAAACCUCGUGGUGAAAAUCAACGAGAAGCAUUAUAACUGGGCUGUGGCUGCCCCCAUGAUUCUUUCUCUGCAAGCCUUCCAGAAGAACUUACCUGAGAGCACUGUGGACAAGCUUGAAAAGGAGAAGAUGCCCCGGAAAGGUGGGCGAUGGUGGUUUUCCUGGAGACGCAGGGACUUCCCAGCCGAGGAGCGCAGUGCCCAGAGGGAGAAAGCGGCAACCAGGAAACAGCAGGGAGAGAAGACAGAGGUCCUAAGCAGUGACGACGAUGUCCCAGACAGCCCUGUGAUCCUUGAAGUGCCCCCACUGCCAUCCUCCACUCCGGGCUAUGUCCCUACCUACAAGAAGUCUCUUCGUCUCUCUUCCGAUCAGAUCCGGUGUCUAAACCUGAAUGAAGGAGCUAACGAUGUGGUCUUCAGUGUGACUACCCAGUACCAAGGCACCUGCCGUUGCAAAGCCACCAUCUACCUGUGGAACUGGGAUGACAAGGUGGUCAUCUCUGACAUAGACGGCACCAUCACCAAGUCGGAUGCUCUGGGCCACAUUCUGCCCCAGCUGGGGAAAGACUGGACACACCAGGGCAUUACUAGUCUCUACCACAAAAUCCAUCUAAAUGGGUACAAGUUCCUGUACUGCUCAGCACGGGCUAUCGGCAUGGCUGACCUCACCAAGGGGUACCUGCAGUGGGUGAGCGAGCACGGCUGCGGCCUCCCUAAGGGCCCCAUCCUACUGUCUCCCAGCAGCCUCUUCUCCGCCCUCCACAGGGAAGUAAUCGAGAAGAAGCCAGAGGUGUUCAAGGUUGCCUGCCUGAGUGAUAUCCAGCAGCUGUUUCUGCCCCAAAGACAGCCUUUCUAUGCCGCGUUUGGGAACAGGCCUAACGAUGUUUUUGCCUACAGGCAGGUGGGCCUCCCUGAGUCUCGAAUCUUCACAGUCAACCCCCGGGGAGAGCUCAUCCAAGAGCUCAUAAAGAACCACAAAUCCACGUACCAGCGGCUUGGAGAGGUGGUGGAGCUUCUCUUCCCGCCCGUGGUGCGCGGCCCCAGCACAGACCUGGCCAACCCCGAAUACAGCAACCUCUGCUAUUGGCGGAAGCCACUGCCAUGUGUGAACUUUGACACCCUGGUUUGAGCUUGCCCUGAUGGUUCUCCUUGGCCUGACCCAGGACUGAUGGAGUACUUAGGACAGUAGGGGUCAGAAGAUGAGUGCCGUGGGCCAAUCCAACAAGGGCUGCAAGUUGACUGGCAGCCACCACUACCGCCACCUUGAAAUACAAAUGGCCGUGUUCGUCAGUUUGACCGCUCGGUACCAGGGCACUGGGUUUGAAGAACUGGAACAAGAUGGCAUCUGACAGAGAUGGCACUGAAUGAGGCCCAGGUGGCUGUGGGGAGCAUGGGGAGUACUCAGGGACCCACCUCUCUAUCCGGAGUCAGGUAGCUGUCCCAGGCCUCAGUACAGCCCUGACCUCCAGCUAUUAAACAUGUCACUAGACCCUUGCAGGGUUCUCUGGCUCCUAGGCCAUUGGUUCUCAAUCUGUGGGUCGCAACCCCUUCGGAGGUCGAAUGACCCUUUCACGGGGGUUUCCUAUCAGAUAUCCUGUUUAUCAGAUAUUUACAUUAUGAUUCAAAACUACAGUUAUGAAGUAGCAGUGAAAAUAAUUGUAUUGACAACCAUGAGGAACAGUAUUAAAAAGUCACAGCAUUAAGAAGGUUGAGAACCACUGUCCUUGGGGUAUCAUCUGGGAAUACUACGAUCCCACGGGUUUCGGGAGCCCAGACUGCCCUCCAGAGCCAAGUGUCUCUGUGAUCCCGUCUCUCUGCUCAUAGGUCUUGAUCUAAGUAUCUAAGAUCAGUUCAUCUACCUUGAAA